AUGGGUAAGAGCACCAAGCCCGCCGCGGCGCCGCCGGACACCAUUUCGCUGCACCGCAAGCUCGACCCCAUCUACGAGUGCGUCGACACCGGGCAGAACAAGGCGGCGCUGAAGCUCAUCGGCGAUCUGCUCAAGAAGUACCCGACGCUGCAGAUCGCGCGAGUGCUCAAGGGGAUCACGCUGAGCCGCAUGGGCAUGGAGGACCAGGGGAUGGAGCUGUGCGAGGAGGUCCGUGCCGAAGGUCCCGCCGACGACACAGUCCUCAACACCCUCGCGCUCUUCUACAAGAACGUCGGUGCCGCCCAGCAGCAGGUUGAGAUGUUCGAGCAGGCGUCCGAGAGGGACCCCCGCAACUCCGAGCACCUCACCCUCCUGUUCCAGGCCUACGCGAGGGCUUACGACUUCGUCAAGCAGCAGCAGUGCGCUAUGAAGCUAUACAGGCUCACGAACAACCCCAAGCACGUCAUGUGGGCCAUCUGCGCCAUGCUCAUGCAGGCUGACGCCAACCCCACCGCGCUGGCGCUCGCCGCCGGGUUGUGCUCCAAGCUGGAGGCGAAAGGGUCCAUCGCCGACAGGGAGAGCCUCCUGGUGUACGCCAGGGUGCUGCGAGAGAGCGGCCAAGGGGAGAAGGCUCUGGAGCUGCUCGAGGGAGACCUCGGCGAGAGGCUGUUGCCGAUGGCGGCUGAGCGCGCCGUCCUCUGCGCGACGCAGGCGGCGGCGCUCGGGAAGACGGAGACCGCGGCCACUCACUGGCGAGCGGUGUUGACCCACGCCCCCGACGAUUGGGCCGCGAUGUCCCAGGUGCUGGACAUCGCGAUGCCCACGACGAGGGCGGCGGCGGCGCACAAGCCGCAGGUGCCCGCGGGGGGUACCAGGAUGUUAGUCCGUUCGCACUCCGUCGGCGGCGCGGGCGUCGCGAAGGUUUCUUCCGAAGGUUUCCGGAGCGACGACGAAACCGUCGCCGAACUACUCGGUCGAGUGUCCAUCGGCGAUGGACGGCCGGACAGAGCGCAGGCGAUCGAGCGGGGGCGGACGGUGUCGGCGCAAGUUCGCGCGGCGGCGGACGCGCUCGGGGGCGCCCCGACGGUUGGCCGCGGUGCGUACCUCCUCGACGCGGAAUUCGCGUGGCGAGCGGCGCAACUCGGGGAUGACGAAUCGAAGCUCGGGGACGCGAUGAUGUCGUACUGGGCGGACUUUGGGCAUUGGACGAGCUGCGCGAGGGAUCUGCGGCCGUACUGCGACGCGAUUGUACGGACGAACGCGCGGGUUGCGCGGGAGUUUAGCGACCAAUUCGUCGAUGCUGCGUCGGCGAUGCCCGAGCCGGAAGACGGAGGGAAGGAAGCGCAACGCCAUUUGCGCCGAGUCAUCGCCGCGCACGCGAUCGCCUCGCAGCUCGGGCGGUGCGGUGGCUCGUGGCGCGUCGCCCCGGGCGACCGCGACGCGCCGUUCGGGCUCGCGCGUCCGAGCCUCGGGCGCGGCGAGGGCCGCGGACGCGCGGCGGCGGCGAUGGAGUUGUAUCGGAAAAGUAAGAGUACCUUCGCCGGGCCGGAUCCGCGCGAGCCGACCCCGGCGGACACGGCGGCGCUCCUCGCGAUGCAGGCGCUGUGCGCGGAGGCAACGGGCCACUUAUUAAGGGGAGGGCGCGAUGAAAACGGUUCUAACGGUUCUCUGAUAGAGGCGGCGACGUCGCUUCUCGCGGCGGCGGCUGUUGCAGAGGAGGGCGUGUCCACGAGCCCCAACCACGCGGAGCUUCGCCUCGGUUUGACCUCGGUGUACGCCCUCCUCGGCGCGGCGACCGCGGCGCGGGACGUGUUCGCGCCCCUGGACGUCAAGAACAUCCAGAUGGACUCCAUGAUCCACCACGUGCUCCCCAUCGCGGAGGGCGGCGCGUCGCCGCAGGUGACUUUCCGAGUCACGCAGUUUGCGGAUAACCUGCGCAACGACGCCCGACGCGACGUUCCCGACGGAUGCGUCAAGGCGUACGAGAACGGGAUCUACACCAAGGCGUUGGAGUACGUGGACUUCCACGAGCGCCUGCGCGCGUCGCACUCGCUGGCGGCUGCGACGGUGGCGAGGGUCAGGGCGACGCUGCGGGAAACGUUGUGUGGCGGCGGCGUGACGGUGCGCGACUGCGAAAAGAAGGGACCCGUGGCAGGCGUGACCGGUCCGGUGAUGGGCGCGUUGGACGCCGCGGCGAAAGCGUGCCAGUCCCUGAUCGCACAGAACACGAGGUACAACGAGGACCUCGGCACGAACCCGGUUUGGCAUCCGCCGCACCACGGCGCGAACUCCCUCGCCGUCCCCGACUGGUGGAUGACUAAAAUCGCUGUGGACCUACCUUCCGGGUGCGCCGUGGCCGUCGCCGGUGUACACGACGCGGGCGCGGGCGGCGGCGCGUCCGUCGCGCACCGCGCGGGUUGGCGCGCGGCGAUUCGCAGGCGGUGCGCGGAAAUCCACGCGCUCCACCGCGCGGCGGCGAUUUCGUCACCCGACGCGGCGUCCCCGUCGCCCGGGCUCAACGUCCUCGCCGCGGUUCGGGCCAUCGAGACGCUGCGCGAAGAACCGAGCGACGCCAACGCGCUCGCGGACGCGGCGGUAGCGCUCGCGCCGGUGACUGCCGACGCCGACGCGGUCAGCGACGCCAUGCUCGCGGCCGUCGCGUCGCUCCUCCGCCUCGGGGGGACGGCGGAGUGUAGGGAGGAGGACGUCGUCGCCGCGACCCGCUCGCUCGACGCGUUCGCCGCCGCGUUCGCGUCGCUGUGCGCGCGCGCGUCGGCGGGCGUCCGGGCGGAUGAUGACGCGGUGGCUCGCGCGGCGAACGGCGCCGUUCCUUUCGCGUUUUACGCCGUCGCGGACGCCGGCGUCGGCGCGACGGUGGCGCUUCAGUCGUGGGCGGCGGCGGUCCAGGGUAAGGGUCAAAACGGCGGUAGUAACGGUCAAAACGGUAGGCGGGCCGCGGGGGACCCCGCGCUCGUCGCCGCGGUCCGGUCCGCGGCGUCAUCCGCGGCGGACGCCAUCGCCGGGGUGGUGGACGCGGCGGUGCACGCGUGCGUGGGGUCGUCGGAGGUUGAAGACGCGAGGCGCGUGUUCGGCGCCAUGGACGAGUGGUGCGGGGUGGAGGAGCGAAGCGGCGGUAGGUUGCUCAGCUCGGGAUACGCGGCCGAGGCGGCGAAGAAGGUGGUGGCGUCGCACAGAUCGACGCUGGGCGCGGUGAGGGAUCACGGCGAGAGGCUGGUCGCGCAGCUUCGGGUCGUGGCGAACUCCGUGGAGAGGUGA